AUGGCGGCGAUGAUCACCGGCGCGCGGGCGCUCACGGUGGCCGCCCUCCUUUGCGCGGCCGCGGCUGCGGCCGUGGCGCAGCAGGCGUCCAUCGUCCGCGCCACGUACCACCUGUACAACCCACAGCAGAACAACUGGAACCUCAACGCCGUCAGCGCCUACUGCGCCACGUGGGACGCCGACAAGCCGCUGUCGUGGCGGCAGCAGUACGGCUGGACCGCCUUCUGCGGCCCCUCGGGACCCAGGGGCCAGGCCGCCUGUGGCCGGUGUAUCCGGGUGACGAACCGCGGGACGGGUGCUGUGACGACGGCGAGGAUCGUGGACCAGUGCAGCAACGGCGGCCUUGACCUCGACUUCGAGACGGUGUUCAAGAAGAUCGAUACCGACGGCCGCGGCUACCAGAUGGGCCACCUCGACGUCGACUACCAGUUCGUCGCCUGCUGA